GCAGGAAGGAGCCGAGGGCCGGAGCCGCCGCCAGUCCCGCCGCCGGGGCCCGGGACUAGAUCCAGUCCCUCUGUAGAACUUCUAGACGUCUUUUAUUAGUGGGAUCAUUUUCUACACAAUGAUGUCUACAACUUAAUUUAAACAAGUAUUUGCGUGGUUCUGAUUCAGCUACUAUGGUUCUCGAAGUUUGAGGUCUGAGAAUACAGGGACUCUUGUGAUGACAAUAUGACUAAUAGCAAAGGAAGAUCUAUUACUAGUAAAACAAGUGGUAGUCCAAGUAGUGGAGGAGUUUUGAAAGAUUGGACUUUAAAUUUAAAUACAAUUCAAUCUGAUAAGUUUUUGAACUUAGUGUUGAGUAUGGUUCCAGUAAUUUACCAGAAAAACCAGGAAGACAGGCACAAAAAAGCAAAUGGCGUCUGGCAAGAUGGAUUAUCAAGUGCGGCCCAGACUUUGAGUACUAGAUCUGAGCCGCGUGUGGAGUUUCACGGGUUCUCUGAGCAGUCCUUUCAUGGCAGUAAUGGGCAUGCGCCGACAAGCUGCAGCCCAAAGUACGAUGACUAUGCCAACUACAAUUACUGUGGCGUGAGGGAGACUUCAGAAACCACUGCCAUGUUACAGGAUGAAGAUCUGUCUAGCGAGGGUGGCGACGACGUAAUUGUGGAGACAAACCCAAAGUUGCCAAAGGAAUCCAGUGGCGUCAUGGCACUGCAAAUACUUGUGCCAUUUUUGUUGGCUGGUUUUGGAACAGUUUCGGCUGGCAUGGUUUUGGAUAUAGUGCAGCACUGGGAGGUGUUCAAAAAUGUAACCGAAGUUUUCAUUUUAGUUCCUGCACUUCUUGGUCUUAAAGGGAACUUGGAAAUGACAUUGGCAUCCAGACUGUCCACCGCAGUAAAUGUUGGGAAGAUGGACUCACCCAUUGAAAAGUGGAACCUAAUAAUUGGCAACUUGGCUUUAAAGCAGGUUCAGGCAACAGUAGUUGGUUUUCUAGCAGCUGUGGCAGCAAUUAUAUUGGGCUGGAUUCCAGAAGGAAAAUAUUACCUCAGUCAUUCCAUACUUUUGUGCUCUAGCAGUGUGGUAACUGCCUUCAUUGCCUCUCUUCUGCAGGGAAUAAUAAUGGUUGGAGUUAUUGUUGGCUCAAAGAAGACUGGUAUAAAUCCCGAUAAUGUUGCUACACCCAUUGCUGCUAGUUUUGGUGAUCUUAUAACUCUCGCCAUAUUAGCUUGGAUAAGUCAGGGUUUGUACUCCUGUCUUGAAACCUAUUACUACAUUUCUCCAUUAGUUGGUGUCUUUUUCUUGGCUCUGACUCCUAUCUGGAUUAUAAUAGCUGCCAAACAUCCAGCUACAAGGACAGUCCUCCACUCAGGCUGGGAGCCUGUCAUAACCGCUAUGGUUAUAAGUAGCAUUGGGGGCCUUAUUCUGGACACUACUGUUUCUGACCCAAACUUGGUUGGGAUUGUUGUUUACACACCAGUUAUUAACGGUAUUGGUGGUAAUUUGGUGGCCAUUCAGGCUAGCAGGAUUUCUACCUACCUCCAUUUACAUAGCAUUCCAGGAGAAUUGCCUGAUGAACCCAAAGGUUGUUACUACCCCUUUAGGACUUUUUUUGGUCCAGGAGUAAAUAAUAAGUCUGCCCAAGUUCUGCUGCUUUUGGUGAUUCCUGGACACUUGAUUUUCCUCUAUACUAUUCACUUGAUGAAAAGUGGCCAUACUUCUCUGACUGUAAUCUUCAUAGUUGUAUACUUAAUUGCUGCUGUGUUACAGGUAAGAGUUACACCCUUUUGA